AUGUUCUUCGAUGGGGCUGUAAACGCCAAAGGUGUAGGUAUUGGGGCAAUCUUAAUCUCUCCCGAUGGCCAGCACUACCCAGCUACAGCGAGAGUUCGUUUCUUCUGUACAAACAACACCGCUGAAUAUGAAGCUUGCAUCCUAGGCAUGAACAUGGCGAUCAACCAAGGAGUCGAGGACAUGGGAGAUUCUGAUCUGAUUAUCCGGCAGGUUCAAGGUGAAUGGGAAACCCGAGACAUCAAGCUCCUCCCUUACCGGCAGCACGUGGAAGAUCUCAGUAAAAGGUUCAAAUCGAUAGAGUUCAAAUACAUCCCACGGUGUCACAAUGAACUAGCUGAUGCACUCGCCACCUUAGCUUCAAUGCUUCCAUAUCCAGGCAACGCCCAUAUCGAUCCCUUGGAAAUACAGGUCAGGGAGAGACACGGCUACUGCAACGUAAUUGGAGCCGGGCCAAACAUCCAACCUUGGUACCAUAACAUCUUGAGAUUCUUGAAAACGCAAGGAUACCCUGAAAAUGCUACAGGAGAUCAGAAAAGAACCAUUAGGCGACACGCAAGUGGUUUCUUUCUGAGCGGGGAAGUCCUAUAUAAAAGAACACCGGAUCUCAAUCUCUUAAGAUGUGUUGAUGCCGAAGAAGCGGGGAGAAUCAUGCAGGAAGUGCACGCAGGAGUGUGCGGGCCUCAUAUGAAUGGGUAUGUCUUAGCUAAGAAGAUCCUUCGAGCGGGAUAUUACUGGAUAACCUGGAAAAAGACUGCUUCAGCUUUGUCCGGAAAUGCCAUAAAUGCCAGGUGCAUGGAGAUCUGA